AUGGGUAAGCGAAAGCGUGGUGUUUCUGGAGUUAGAUUUACACACAAUGAAAUGCUAGGAAAAACGCAACAGCGAUCUAAUGCUCAAGAAAUUAUUGAUGAUUUUCAAUUCAAUACUUGCUCUCUUACAUAUUAUCCAAAUGAAGAUUCAUUAUUCGAUGAAUUCGGAUAUGCAUACUCUAAAGAAGGAGCUGAGAAAUACUUUUCAGAGAAUAGUGUUCAUCCUUUCAAAGGAAUUCCUUAUAAAAUGACAGAUUUAAUUGAAGCAAAAUUUACAGAAGACGAAAAUGGAGAUAUUAUUGAUCCGGUUACCCAAGAAAAGUUAACAACCAAAAAUAUCAUUGUUAUGAAUAAGAAAAACGGGAACGUUUAUAAUUAUCAAUCAAUUCUUCAAUUUAACAAGCUUCCAAAUAUCUGGCAAGAUUUGAUUACAUGUGAUCCAUUUGAGGAAUCUGAUUUGGUUGUUAUUCAUGAUCCUUCAAGAAAAUUAGAUCUUCCUCCGAAACCUCUUGUUAGUUUCCGAAAAGAAGUCACAGAAACAGAAGCACAGCGUAAUGCAAGGUUACUAUUAGGAACAUUUGAUAUUAAGCAUCCUACAGUAAAAGAAGAAGAUAAAACUUGGUUUUUAGCAAGGCCAAACUCAGAGAGCUUCGCAUUGGCAUCACAGUUAUCAACUAACCCUCCUAAACAAAAAUCAUUAGUUUGUUUGCAUACUUCUCUUGGAAAUGUCAUAUUAGAAUUAGAUUCUGACAAAACACCAAUGGGUGUACUGAAUUUUCUUGGCCACGCUUUACGAGGAUCUUAUGAUAAAGCAGAAGUUAAGAAAGUUGAUCAAGGAAAGUUUUUGGAAAUUGCAUCUAGUGCAAUUAGCGAUGAAUCCGUAUGGGGAACACCGUUUUCAUUCGAAAGAAAUGAACCACGUAGAGGAAUGAGGUACCAGAUCUAUAUUGUCAAGAAAAAUAAAAAUAUUUCAAGAAUUUCGAAUACAGCGGACUUCGGAAUAUCAAAAGAACCUCUUUCUAUUGACCAAUAUCAUAUUAUUGGCUGCGUUAAGUCAGGAGAAGGUUACGUUGCUUCAAUAAUUGACGGAAAAACAUUGCCUAACGGGAGACCUGUUCGUCCUUGCACAAUCUAUAAUGUAGAAGUGCAAGCAAAUCCAUUCCCAGCAACAAAACAAUAA